UGAGAUCCGGGCUGAGAUGAAAAUGGAUGGAAUCCGACAACGUCAACGUCAGCGCGAAAAAAGAAGUGAUGAUGGAGAUCAAGCCAAAUCAAAAUCAGACCCUGUUCAGGAGUAUAACAAGGAUAGUCCCGCGACUCCCAACAUCCGGACAAGUAGAUUUGUUGAUGGUGGCAAGAAUUCUUACUGGCUGACAAGAAUAGUAUUCUUGAGGAGUCUCUCAUUUGUUUAUUUUGUAGCUUUCCUGGUUGCCCUCCAUCAAAACAGAGCUUUGCUAGGUCAGAAAGGUUUGCUACCGACGUCUCUUUACCUGGACAGGAUACGCAAUUAUGUCAAGGCUCCAAGUGGACAGGUCAACCGGGAAGCAGUCAACUUUGCUCCUACCCUCCUUUGGUUUGUGGACCUGGAUCAGCAUCUGGACUGGUGGCUAGAUGCCCUGGCCUACUCUGGUCUAAUCCUGUCUGGUUUGGUCCUGGUCUUGGGAUGCAGCAACAUGUUGAUCAUGAUGAGCCUGUGGGUGCUUUAUCACUCGCUUGUCAAUAUUGGUCAGAGAUGGUAUUCAUUUGGAUGGGAGUCUCAGCUUCUUGAGACAGGAUUCUUGGCUGUAUUCAUGUGUCCUCUUCUUACCUUGACUCGCUUCCCUCGUCAUACCCCUACUCCUUGGGUUACUCUCUGGGGAUACAAAUGGCUGAUCUUCAGGAUCAUGAUAGGAGCUGGACUCAUUAAAAUUCGAGGUGAUCAAUGCUGGCGUGAUCUGACGUGUAUGAACUAUCACUAUGAGACACAGCCUGUGCCAAACCCCAUGAGCUAUUACAUGCAUCAGAGUCCGGAAUGGUUCCACAAGUUUGAGACGCUUUCCAAUCACUUCAUUGAGCUUGUUGCACCGGCGUUCCUCCUCAUUCCGUGGAGACCUCUUCGUCUAACAGGUGGAAUAUUACAAGUUCUCUUCCAGGUCACAUUGAUCAUCAGUGGAAACCUGAGCUUUUUGAAUUGGUUGACGAUCCUCCCAGCAAUCAGUUGUUUUGAUGAUCAGAGUCUGACAUGGCUCUUCCCAUCUUGGCUAGGUAAUAGUAAGGAGAUCGUCACCAAGAUACAUUCAGAUGAGGCGCAAGGCAUUGGACCAAAAUCAAAUGUUGGUGAUUACAUCAGAAAGGUUUCUCAUAUUUCUCUGGCUCUUCUACUUGCCUAUCUGAGUAUCCCUGUAGUGAAAAAUCUCUUCUCAUCUCGUCAAGCUAUGAAUACCUCUUUUGACUCGCUUCGUAUAGUCAACACAUAUGGAGCAUUUGGAAGUAUCACGAAAGAAAGAACAGAAGUGAUAUUCCAAGGUACUAUGGACCCCAAUCCUAAUAACCUUGCUGCCGAGUGGCUGGAGUACGAGUUCAAGUGCAAACCAGGGGAUGUGAGACGUCGUCCAUGCCUUAUAUCUCCAUACCACUACAGGUUGGAUUGGUUGCUCUGGUUUGCUGCCUUUCAGAAUUAUCAAUCCAAUACAUGGUUCAUCCACCUAGCUGGGAAGCUGUUAAUGAACGAUAACCAGACCACAGAUCUCAUUGCAUAUAAUCCAUUCCAAGACAAACUACCUCCAAGAUACAUCCGAGUGGAGCAUUACCGUUAUGAAUACACCAGAAUAGGAAGCAAGGAAGCCCUGGAUGGCAAGUGGUGGAAUAGGAAGAGGAUAGGACCAUACAUGCCACCGGUCUCCUUGGAAUCACUAGAGAACUACUUCGUCCAGCAGAGCUGGGAUUUACCAAAACACAUCAAGAGGAAAAUAAGAGAAGAAAGGAGAUCCAAGGCCAGGAAUAAGAAAGAUUCCACGUAAUGUUGUAGAUUCUCUGUCUGAUUUUGGUUGAUCUGCUGUACUGACAUGCAGCGAUUGCUUAUCACUUGUUUAUUUUUUUUGUUCUUUGAAAUACUACUUUCUUUCAUAUAUCUUGGGUGUUUUUUUUUUGUUUUCAAUAAUGCAUGUCACCAAGUUGUGUAUAUCACUGUUUUGUGAAA